AACUAGUUGUAGUCGAUUGUUUUCCCAAUCAGCUUUUGGUUAAUCGAAUAAUGCCGCAUUUUGCGGUAUAAAGAAGCCAUUAACAUGUCCACGCGACCCCGACGAGCUGCUGCUGCCAAACCGAAGCUGGUAGUGGAGCUAUCUGAUUCAGAGGAGGACGUGGAGGUCGUGGAGAACGAUGAUUACAAGCCACCAGAGGCCAAAAGUCGCCGCAUCGAUAGGGCAGCAGAAGCUUUGGCAGGCACAUCAACAAGGAGACGGUGGCCCACAAAAACUACAGCUGCCGAGCCUGCCGCGACGGCGCCCAAGAGAAAACGGGCUAAGAAGUCAAAGGAAGAUGAGAACUCAUGUCCCAAUGAAACCAAUCCGGAGAACCAGGAAGAGGCACCACCAGCCCCAACGCCGCCACCACGGCCUGUGACGCAAACGGAUGGAGCAGCUGCUAGUACAACUACUGGACGCAGUUCCUUCUGGGAGCGGAGGAAGGUGUGGAACAUACACGAGCUCUUGGCAGAGACGGAGAAUAUUCAGCCCCAGGCAGCUCGCAAUAUUGUGCAGCUCUUCGAGAAUGAGAACACCAUUCCAUUUAUCUGCCGUUACCGACGUGAUCUUGUAGAUCAUAUAGCUCCGGAUCGCUUGCGAGACAUUCGUAAUACCUACACGGAAAUAGUGGAUCUGAGAAAAAAGGCUGAGAAUAUUGUCACCCAGUUGGAGCGCGAAAAUGUUUUGAAUCCUGAGAUUCGUGAUGAGCUGAUGUGUGCCAAGACCAAUGAGGAGCUGGAGUUUCUCUACGCCCCCUACAAGCCGGCCAGCAAAGGCACUUUAGCGGAGCGGGCCAAAGCUCUUGGCCUGGAGGAGUACGCCGAUCGUCUGCUAUAUGGCACGGCUCCGAAAGUUGAACUUGCUUCAAUAGUCGAUCGAGAAAAUGAGGCGCUUUCCUCAGAAGCCUUGGUGAUGAGUGGAAUCUGUAACAUAAUAAUACAUAAUAUGAGCAAGAAUACCAAUGUUUUGGAGGAAUUGAGGCGAUUACAAAACGUCCAUCGAGUGUUCCUUAAGUGCAGCAAGACCAAGGAGGCUGCGACCUCAAAGGCAAAUUCAAGCAAAUCAUCUAGCGGCAAAGGAAGCAGUAGCAUUGCCGAUAAGAAGCUAGAUAGCUCCAAGUUUGAGAACUAUUUCAACUUUCAAGGAGACAUAAAGACCAUAAAGCCACACCAGAUGCUAGCCAUUAAUCGAGGGGAGAAGCACAAGUUCCUGUCUGUGAAAUUGGAGACGAAUGAUUACCUAAAACGCGAUCUAAUGCGCUUUAUAAACGAUCAAUAUAUGACUGAGGGUCUACACUAUCCAUUAAGACGGGAGGUUUUCACUAAAUCCGUGGAAGAGUGCUACUCUAAAAAAUUGCAACCAUUGAUGUGCCGUCAAAUCCGGGCUGACCUCAAGGAAAAGGCCCAGAAGGCAGCUAUUGAUGUGUUCGCCAAGAACCUUAAGCAGUUGCUACUGAUGUCGCCGCUUAAGGGAGAACGUAUCCUGAGCAUCGACCCAGGGUAUACCAAUGGCUGUAAACUGGCGGUGAUAUCUGAGACAGCCGAUGUUCUGGAGACAGGGGUCAUCUAUCCACAAGGGGCCAGGUCUAAUAAGCACGGUGCAGAAAAGACACUAGUUAAUUUACUCAACAAACACAACUGUCAGAUUAUUGCCCUCGGGAAUGGCACUGCCUGUCGGGAAACUGAGCAUUGGCUGACGGAUAUGUUCCAUGCCGGUACCUUGGAUAGCCAGCGGAUCCGCUACAGUAUCGUGAAUGAGAACGGGGCAUCUGUUUACUCUUGUAGCGACGUGGCUAGCAAGGAGUUUCCCGAUAUGGACACCAACGAGCGAAGUGCAGUUUCCAUUGCACGCCGUUUAAAUGAUCCGUUGAGCGAGUACGUAAAAAUAGAACCUCGUCAUCUUGGUGUUGGAAUGUAUCAGCACGAUGUUUCGGAAAAGAUACUAACCGAGUCCCUAAAAGACGUCGUCUCAGAGUGCGUGAGCUAUGUCGGCGUGGACUUGAACACUGCGAGCCUGAGUGUGUUAAAGCACAUUGCUGGCUUGUCGGAAAAGAAGGCUGAAAAAAUCAUUGAACACCGGCUGAAAAAAGGACCAUUUCAGACCCGUAAGGAUUUGCUUUCCGUCCGCACCAUUGGCGAGAAAUCUUUCGUGCAAUGCGCCGGGUUCGUUCGCAUCGAACCGCUCAGCGUUGGAGGCAAAUUGCAGAACCCACUCGACUGCACUUGGGUUCAUCCCGAGAGCUAUAAAGUAGCAGAGAGUAUCCUGAGUGAAUGUGAUUUGAAGCUGUCGGAUAUUGGCAAAGCUGGCUUCAUAGCUCGGAUCAAGGAGUUUGCCGGCUCCAAGACGAAGUUGGAAAAGAUUGCCAAGCAGCACAAGUUGCCCAUGGAAAGGUUGGACUUUCUAAUGGUGGCAUUGCAACGGGAACUACUACAAGAUUACCGGGCAGAUCUGGACAAGCGACCACUUUUUAAGCAGGGACUGACCAGGCUAGACGAGCUCAGCAUUGGAGAUGUAGUAACAGGAGCUGUGACCAAUGUUACCCAGUUCGGUGCUUUCGUGGACGUCGGAGUGGAGCGCGAUGGCUUGAUACACAAGAGCCACAUGAACAACAGCGAGCUCAGCAUCGGCGACAGGAUUGUGGCAUCGGUGGUCAAGGUGGACCUGCAGCGAAGGCAACUGGGCCUGCGAUUGGAAAAUAUGCUAAUGGAGACGGACACAUCCUUUACCUUUAAAACGGAAGAGUAACAAAAAAGGCGGUUGAAUUUGAAUGCUUUUGGAAGUAUUUAAUGAUUUAUAUCGUAAUUGUUUGGGGUGCUCACAGGAGCGUUCGUUCAUAUAUACUAUAUAUAGUUCAUAUAUAUACGUGUAUAUAGUAUAGUAUAACGGCUUUCCUAAAUGUACUCAAAGCUUAUCAUUUAGUAAUAAAUGUUCACAUAAAAAUCACCGAA